AUGUCUUACCGCUUCAUCAUGCUAGUAAGCGUCCUUUUCAUCUUGAAAGAAGGAUGAAAUCUAAAAAAUCUACUACUCACGUUCACGGACAUGGGCAUAAAAAAUUACCUCAGUGUGCUCCAGACGAAGCUCGUAUUAAAAGAGAAGCUCUACUUGAGCAAAGACGUCUUAAAUUAGCUCGUCAGAUCUUACAUGUUAAGGAAGUUUUAGUUAAACAGCAUGAGCGUGCUCUUAACGAAUCUUUUACAAAGCGAUCUCAAAUUCAGCAGACUUUACAA